AUGGAGGAGAAAGAGAUUUUGGACACCUUUCGAAAGGUAAAAGUAAACAUUCCUUUACUUGAUGCAAUCAAACAUAUCUCUAGAGAUGCAAAAUUCUUGAAGGAACUUUGUACCAGCAAGAGGAAAUUGAAGGGAAACGAGAAAAUCCAAAUUAAUGAACAUUCAUCUGCGGUUUUACAAAGAAAACUUCCACCCAAAUGCAAAGAUCCCAAACUGUUUACGACUCCUUGCAAGAUUGGAGAUGUUACUUUUAGUAGCGAUAUGCUAGAUCUUGGUGCUUCUAUCAAUUUCAUGCCCUAUUCGGUGUACAAAUCAUUGAAUGGCGAACCUUUGAGUGAACCUAGAGUCAUAAUCUCUCUUGUGGAUAAAUCAAGUGUCUUUCCUAGAGGUGUUCUAGAAGAUGUUUUGGUGCAAGUGAAACAAUUGGACUUCCCGGCGGAUUUCUAUGUGAUUGAUUUAGAAGAACAAGUGUCCUCCAAGUCGGGUAUAAUUUUACUUGGGAGACCAUUUUUGAAGAUGGCUAGAACGAAGAUUGAUGUGUAUGCGGGAAGCUUAACAAUGGAGUUUGAUGGGGAAACAAUAAGUUUCAAUAUAUGCGAUGUUAUUAGAUAUCCUAGUGAUGUUUCAUCCUUAUGCUUUGUUAAUGUUGUUGAACCAUUAGCCCAAGAAUUGUCCGAGUUGUCUAAUGGUGACAUGUUGGAGAUGAUUUUGAGCAAAGGAUUUGAUUGUGGGAAAUUAGCCAAAAAGUUGAAGCUUUACUCGUUAGAUCCAGAAGUUGAAAGAUUGGUCAACAAUUUAGAAAUCAAGAAAACCACUCAAUUUAGUGUGAAGCAAAUUGAAAUACCUAAAACUCACACAAGAUUGCCACCCUCCCUUGUUCAACCACCGAAAUUGGAAUUAAAGGUCCUUCCUCAACACUUGAAGUAUGCAUACUUGGGAAACAACGAGACUCUUCCGGUCAUCAUUUCAAAUCAUUUAACCGAAUGUGAAGAAGAGAAACUCAUCAAGGUGAUAAAGGAGCACAAGGAAGCCAUGGGAUGGACGAUUGCGGAUAUCAAGGGAUUGAGCCCCUCCACUUGUAUGCACAAGAUCUUGUUAGACGAUGAAUGCAAGUCGAGUUAG